AUGUCGUGGGUAACAAAUUCUGACGAAAGCGGGUUUUACAUGCCGCAUCACGCGGUGAUAAAAAAUACAAGCAAUACUACAAAGGUGCGAGUAGUGUUCGACGCCUCUGCUAAGUCUGACAAUGGCGUAUCGUUAAAUGACGUGUUAAUGACGGGUCCAAGCAUACAAGAUAAAAUAAUAUCACAUUUGAUUCGGUUCCGUACGUACAAUUAUGUUAUAACAGCGGAUAUAGAAAAAAUGUAUCGCCAAGUGCUAGUACAUGAACAGGAUCGACACUUUCAACAGAUUCUAUGGCGUAGAGAUGGCAAGAUAGAAACGUUGCAAUUGAAUACAUUAGCUUUCGGUGUAUCAUCCUCGCCAUUUUUGGCAAUCCGUACCAUACAAAAACUUGCAGAGGACGAAUAUCAAUCAUUUCCUAAGGCGGCCGGAGUUUUAAAAUCACACUUAUAUGUAGACGAUUUAUUAACCGGUUCCGAAACGAUCAAGGAAGCCCGAAUAAUACGAGACGAUAUCAUCGCGUUGUUAGCACGGGGCGGUUUUACGAUAAGACAAUGGGCAUCGAAUGACGAACGCAUAAUCCAUGACUUAGAGUCUACCGCGUUGCACGAGAGUUUCACUAUCCGCAUUGAUCGUGAUCUAAAAACACUAGGCAUCACAUGGAGCGCGAAAAACGAUAAAUUAUAUUACGCAACAAGAUCAAUCGAGAUCACGGAAAGGGUGACGAAGAGAAAGGUAUUAUCAGAAAUCGCAAAAUUUUACUAUCCGUUGGGUUUAGUAGGACCAGUUAUCUUGUAUAUCAAAAAAUUAAUGCAAGACGUGUGGCGUAGCGGUGUACAUUGGGAUGAAUCCAUUCCGCAAAGUAUUUAUACCGAAUGGUCUAAUUUCGCUAGACAAUGGGAAUCUAUAAAUAAGAUUUCGGUUGACCGUAAAUUAUUAAUUGAAGGGUAUCACGAUGUGCAAUUGCAUGGUUUUUGUGACGCCAGUAGUAUCGGCUACGGGGCAUGCAUAUACAUACGUUCAUCUAAUAAUCAGAAAACCGUGGCAAAAUUUCUAUGCGCGAAAUCGCGAGUUGCACCCUUGAAAACCGUCACGAUUCCACGACUCGAGCUGUGCGGAGCAUUAACAUUAGCACAGUUAUUUCGGGAAGUAAAAGGCACAUUGAACAUCAAUUUCAAUAAGAUUAUCUUUUGGUGCGAUUCUACCAUUGUGCUUCACUGGUUGAAUACAGCCCCCCAUUUGUUAAAAACUUACGUGUCUAACCGCGUCGCGAGCAUUCGACAAUUUACUGAGUCACACGAAUGGCGACACGUUCGAAUAGAGGAAAAUUCUGCCGACGCUAUUUCGAGGGGUCAAUUGCCACACGAUUUUUUGCGAAAUCAAACAUGGUUUACGGGACCAUCAUGGUUGAGCAAGGAUGAAGUUGAAUGGCCCAACGAAAUUAUUCGGAUACCCGAAAUACCCGAAUUAAAAAAGAAUGCUUGCCUAAUUUCCGAACAUACUAAGUUUGAUAUCCUCGACAGAUAUUCUUCUUAUUCCAAAUUAAUCAGAAUCGUUUCAUACUGUCUCCGGGUCCGUCAUCCAAAUAAACACACAGGGGUCUUACAAGCGGAAGAGAUUAAUAAAGCAGAAAUACGCGUGCUAAAAAUAUUACAAGCUGAUCAAUUUUCUGAUGAAAUUAAAAGAUUAAAUGGAGCUUCGACUAACAAGAGUAAAUUCGCCAAUUUAAAUCCGUUUAUUGACGAGUACGGUUUAAUUCGCGUGGGCGGACGUUUGCAAAAAUCAGACCUCACUUUCGCGCAAAAACACCCAAUUCUGCUUCCCAGUCGACACAGCCUGACCGAUCGCAUCAUACGCGAAAUUGAUGAGAAGCAUUACCACACAGGCAUACAAACCACGCUUUACAUUCUUCGGCAAAGAUUUUGGUUACCGGACGACCGUAACCAACCCGCGUACGCCCGCAUUACGCCGAUUCGCUGCGAGGCGAGGCGUUUACCGGAACACGUAUACUCGGAUAAUGGUACUAACUUUGUUGGCGCGAACAAUCAGUUGAAGGACCUAUAUGCCGUAUUUAAUUCGAACGAACACAAAAAAUUAAUACAACAAUAUGCGAGUGAUCGCCGUAUCACCUGGCAUUUUAUACCGCCAGCAGCACCCCACUUCAGCGGGCUAUGGGAGUCUACCGUAAAGAGUUUCAAACACCAUUUCAAACGAGUAAUUGGUGAUUCCUUGUUUACAUUCGAGGAAUUAAAUACGUUCGUUGUAGAAGUCGAGGGUAUUCUAAAUUCGAGACCAAUUACAUCUAUUUCGUCCGAUCCGAACGACUUAUUAGUACUGUCCCCCGCUCAUUAUUUAAUCGGCAAACCAUUAACCAUGUUGCCCGAAAACGAUUAUACGAGCAUUUCAGACAACCGUCUGUCCACUUGGCAACAUAUUGCUAAGGUGAGACAAGACUUCUGGAAGAGGUGGAGUCUCGAGUAUUUAAACGAGUUACAAGUCCGUCGCAAAUGGAUCAAAGAGGGACAGCGUUUCGAGAUUGGAGCCGUCGUACUUAUCAAGGACAAAACAGCUCCGUGCGCACAAUGGAACUUGGGAAGAAUUACCAGAUUACAUCCUGGCGACGACGGGAUAUCACGAGCCGCUACCAUUAAAACUGUGAGCGGUGAGAUAAAGCGAUCAACGGCGUUACUAUACAUAUUGCCAAUUGAGCCUUGA